UCAGGAAGGAGUAUUGAUAGUUCAGCCAAGCAGUCAGAAUGACCCAAUUCAAUGAGUUGAGCAGUCCAGCGAGAUCGAGGGACUAUUUGGAAGUAAGACACCACAACAUCACCUGAAGCUACAGAGGUACUGGAAGUUUUCUACUCUCAUAUACUGCAGGUCCCAUGAGCCACCCGUAAGGGCAAAAUGGAUGUGCUCAGUCUUCUCUGCCUCUUGAUUGGAUUUUCCUCAAAUAGCUGUGCAUCUGACCAUGCUGGGGGGAAGUCAUGGGAGGCAACAGUGGAAGAAAUUAGCGGGUAUGCAGAGGUGGCUCAGAAAAUAAUUGACCUGGCUGUGUAUGGUGAUGCCAGGAACCGCAGCUAUGAGAAGCUGGCCAAAUUCACAGAUACAGUUGGCCACCGGCUCAGUGGUUCAAGAAAUCUUGAGCACGCCAUUGAGUACAUGUACAAUGCCCUUACCAAAGACGGGCUGGACAAUGUCCACCUGGAGCCAGUGAAGAUCCCACACUGGGUCCGUGGAAAGGAGAGUGCGGUGAUUCUAAGGCCACGGAACCACCCGUUAGCCAUCCUGGGGCUUGGGAGCAGUGUUGGCACUCCUAGAGAAGGCAUUAAGGCAGAGGUUUUGGUGGUUAAGUCAUUUGAUGAGCUGAAGCAACGGGCCAGUGAAGCAGAGGGGAGGAUUGUUGUGUACAACCAGCCCUUCGUCAGCUACGGGGAGACUGUAAAGUACAGGUCCUCUGGAGCAGCAGAGGCAGCCAAAGUUGGAGCUGUUGCUUCCCUCAUUCGCUCUGUCACCCCAUUCUCCAUCAACAGCCCCCACACUGGGUGGCAAGACUAUGAGGAAGGAGUGCCUCAGAUCCCCACUGCAUGCAUCACGGUUGAGGAUGCCCAGCUGAUGGCCCGGAUGGCAGAGAGGGGGCAGAAGAUUGUGAUCCACCUAACCAUGGGUGCUCAGAACCUGCCAGAUGCUGAUUCCUUCAACACUGUAGCAGAGAUUACAGGAAGCAAGUACCCAGAACAGGUGGUUCUGAUCAGUGGACACCUGGACAGCUGGGACGUGGGUCAAGGAGCCAUGGAUGAUGGAGGAGGUGUUGCAAUCUCCUGGGAAGCACUAUCUCUGCUGAAGGAUCUGGGGCUUCGUCCAAAGAGGACUGUGCGGGCAGUGCUAUGGUCUGCGGAGGAGCCAGGGGGUGUGGGAGCACUCCAGUACUACCAGCGUCACAAGGAAAACAUCUCCAACAUUAACCUGGUGAUGGAGUCAGACCUGGGAACCUUCAGACCUCGGGGGAUACAGUUCUCGGGAACGGCACAGGCCCAGAAAAUUAUGGGAGAGGUGAUGAAGCUGCUGAAGCCCAUAAAUGCCACGAAGCUGGAGGGUUCUGCGGAAGGCACAGAUAUCCAGAUGUGGAUGGAUGGAGGGGUGCCAGGUGCCAGCUUGCUCAAUGACAACAGUAAAUACUUCUGGUUCCACCACACUCAUGGGGACACCAUCACUGUCCAGGACCCGGAGGAGAUGAGCCUGUGUUCAGCUGUGUGGGCUGUUGUGUCUUAUGUCAUUGCUGACUUGGAGGAGAUGCUGCCCAGGUAGUGUUGGCCAGACCUGUCUGUCACUGGCUAUAGCCCUGAAGUCCAACAGUGACCUCCUGAAUGGUCCUGCAGUGCAGAAGUUUUGGGUUCCCUUGAUGCUGGGCAUUCUCCAUUAUGAUUCUCAGAUGGAAAAGUUUUCAUGAAUGCAUGUCAGUAAUCUGAGAUCAAUACACCAAAUAAAAAGCUGACAUCAAUAUUCAGUGGUGUUGUUCUUCCUAUUCUUCUUCCUAUCCUAAUAAUAAUAAUAAUAAUAAUAAUAAUAAUAAUCAUCAUCAUCAUCAUCUUUGAUAGUGAGAAUGGUUUUCUGGCUUUGUCUAUGCUGCGUGUUACCUGAACUUGAUGCAUAAGGAAAUUACAACCUUGUCUCAUGGAAAAACGUA